CUGUAAAAGUCAAUUGCAAAGCGCCAGUAGAUCUCCAAAGUAGCCGGGCUGAGGUUACAUCCACUAACAUCACCAUUAAAUGUUGACAGCAGCGGGUGUCUUACCGUGAGCAGGACGUUGGCUAUCAACUCUGAUUAUCAAAGAAAAACAAAACACACAGUCAGUGGGCUGUCAUCCUCCUCAGGAGAAAGUUAUGGCACGAAACGAGUCGUUGGUCGCUUUGAAUGGGACUCAGAUUUCCUACAUCGGACAUGACUGUAAGGACAUCCCAGACUUCCUUGGAGACACAUAUGGCCACUUUGCAAGAAGGCUGGAUCUGAGCUUCAAUCAGCUCAGGUCACUGGCAGGCAUCAAAACGUUCACUGAGCUGGAAGAGCUGGUCGUUGACAACAAUCUGCUUGGAAAUGACCUCCAGUUGCCCAGGUUACCCAACCUCCACACCCUGACACUCAAUAAGAACCAACUGACUGAUAUCGAGGCCCUGUUGGAACACUUGGCUGAUGUGACCCCGUCACUGGAGUACCUAAGCCUGCUGGGAAAUGAGGCCUGCCCCAACCAGCUGGUCAGCCCGGAUAAGGAUGAGGACGACUACCAGAGAUACAGGUACUUUGUUCUGCACAAGUUGCCCCAGCUGAAGUUCCUGGACACCAGGAAAGUUACCAAGAAAGAAGUGAUGGAGGCACAGGCAAGAGGAGCAUUCAUGAAAGUGGUCAAACCCAAGUCAGACGCUCCACGUAAUGAGGCUGGAUCUGAGAGUCACCCACUGCCCUACACUCCUCUACCCCGAGGGUCCAGAGACGCCAGGAACCACAAAGGGGUAUUCGCCAAGUGCCGCUACGUCUACUAUGGCAAGCACUCAGAAGGCAACAGAUUCAUCCGAAACGACCAACUCUGAUGGACAGCCGGUCAGGCAUAAAGAGGGACAUGAAUGACAAUGAGUAUUAACAAGGAAAGAUGAUCACCCCAAUGUCUUAUUUAUCAAAAGCACUGGUGAUAUUGAGUCACCCCAUCUCCCACUGGAAAGAGAUUUAAACUUUAUCAAAAGAUGUUGUCAUGGUUAUGUAAGGAGAAUGUUUUGUUUUUUUCUCCUUCCAAAGAUCAUAUUCCAGCCCCAUAGUUAUGGCCUCCUCUGCUGAGCUUGGUCUGCUUCUGCCUCCCUGUUUCCAGCUCGGAGUCAGAGUCAGAGAUGACACUCCCACUGACAUGAUUGCCUCUAAGCAUCAGAAACCGCACAACUACAGACACACGCACACCGACACACGCAAAAGGACAGUCUCUCUCUCUCUCUCUCUCUCUCUCUCUCUCUCUCUCUCUCUCUCUCUCUCGUUCUUUUACACACAGUCAGUGACAAACAGACCCAGCCAAUUGCAUCCUUUUCUUUGACAGCCAUGAUGGAUCACCCAUCCACUACCGCCACUAAUCAAGGGUGAAGGGGGUGACGGUCACACACCUGGGGCCUGACACGGACUCAUCUCUCUCACUCUCUCUCUCUCUCUCUCUCUCUCUCUCUGUCUCACUGUUUCCCUCUUUCGCUCUCUCUUUUACACACACACCCACACCCACACACGCAUUACUGCUGUUUAAAACAUUAAGACACUGCAAAGAGUUUGACAGAACAAGGUUUACACAGCCUGGUUAAACACUUUAAACACAGAUUUUCAGUCUGAACUUGAGGCAUGAUCAGUCUUGUUUUGUUUGCUUUUCCUUCUUUUAUUUGAAUGAGUUGUACUGAAUUUGUCAGACAUAUAUCUGAUAUUUGAGCAAUGGUUUGGUCAGUGUGUGUUGCAAGUAUUGAAAAGCUUUGAAAAGCCUUGUCAAAUCCAGCUUUUAAAGUCAAACUCAUUCCACUAUCGGCCUUAACGAAGAACAGAGUUGUAACCAAGUGUGCAUUUCAGGUGUGUCAUUAUCUAUUAUGGUGCCAGAAACUUAAGUUAUUGUGCCUGUCCCACUGUCUUCAGCCAGUUAACUACUUUAUGCUGAAAUAUUCCUUUUAUUAUUUGCAUUCCAUUGUAUUCAGUUGUGAACAAACUAUAAUACAUAAUCUUCAGAAAAAAAUUUAAUGUUAUAUUGAAAGGACAGUCACCCCAAAUUUGUUCAAAUGCAUUGUUUUUUAAGUGUUUUCAUUUUAUAAUACUUCAACAAUCAUCAUGAUUUUACAAUGAAUGUGUCUGUGGUGGUUUGUAAUACUUUUCACAACAACCUAUGGUAAAGUGCUGCCAGGUUUUAAGAUCUUAUUUUUUAUUUCUCCAGGCAAGCUUCCAAUGUGAAAUUCUGUGAUGAAUGAAUGAUGUAAUGUAGCUGAUCUGAUGUGAAAUUAUAUUAGCUGGAUGUCUUCAAGUGAU